AUUUUCUGGACAAUGAUCUGUUAGAAUAUAUACAACAUAAUUUAAAUUAAAAAAGUUUUUCAAUCUGUGUCGGGACAAGCACAUAUUUUCACGUACACAUCUCCAAUCAGCAGGUGAAAUUGUGCCGGGUUGCCAAAAGCUGAGUGGUAAAAUAGAAAAAAAUUGGGAAAUAAAAUACACAAGCAAACGAGUCUGAAACCUUUCAAACCCAUAUAACUGACGAAUUAUUAUAUUCGUCAAAACAAAAAAAAAAAACAAAAAAAUAUAUAAAUUCGUGUUACCACAGAGCACAAGCCAUGGUAACGGUAGGACUUCUGUCGAGCCUGCUUAGCGGCCGCAGCGUUGGCAGCGGCGUUGUCUGCAUUCUUUCUCGCAUCGCCAGCCCAAGAGUGAAUCUCAACCUAAAUCCGCGUUGCCUCAGCUUCCUGGGCAGCAUCAGCAAGGGAAAUGGCAAACUAUCAGCAUCACCAUUGUCCUCAUCAACAUUGCCUUUAACCCCCACGACAGCCACAACAACAAUACUGUCACCGCUGCUUGUUGCUAAAUAUCGCAGCUAUGCGCGCCUUAGCACUAAAUCAAACUCGCACUGUGCCAACGCCAACAAGACGGACACCAAAUCCUCAUCAACGGCCACCGUUUCCAACUCUAGUGAACUGUUCGGCGAGGCGGCGAACAUGGGACUUUUCGCAAAGUUCAAGCAUAUGUAUAAACAAUAUUGGUAUGUGCUUAUACCUGUGCAUGUAAUAACAUCAAUUGGCUGGUUUGGCGGCUUUUACUAUCUAUCAAAAAGCGGCGUAGAUGUGCCUGCCCUGCUUCAGUACUUACACCUAAGCGAAACUAUCAUUGAGAAGGUGCAAGGCUCAGAUAUGGGACACUAUGCAAUAGCCUAUCUGUGCUAUAAGGUGGCCACGCCAGUGCGCUAUGCCGUAACAUUGGGGGGCACCACGUUAUCCAUAAAAUAUCUUGUCCAGUGGGGUCAUAUCAAGCCGAUGCCAACUAAGAGCCAAUUGAUAAAAAUGUACGAGGAUACAAAGGCCACGCGCGCCAGUGCCAAGGCCAAUAAGGAUGAGAAUCACAAAUGAUCGACGGUUAUAUGGCGCCUCCGUCGCCGCCUAUUGUCGUUGUCACUUGCCAUUCGGCGUUCAGUUGGCUAGUUGUAUUUUUAUGUUAAGCUUAUGCACGUUUAUUGAGGCAAAUGUCGUUUCUGGAUUUUAUCUUCUCGCCCAGGCGCAUCUGUAAACAUACAACCGGAUAACAUAUUUUUAUCGCCACUGCAUCCGUUUGAGAGAGGAUUACACAUGAAUGAAUAUUUCAUAUAUAUAUAUAUAUAUUUUGUAAUAACAUUUUUGCAUAGUUUUUUGUUAGUUACGAAAUCAUUGCCCAUUGCCGUAUGCAAAGGAGAACCAUACUCACACGCACGCAAACCAGCAUG